UAUCCACUAAAAUAAAUUAUUUUAAUGAAAAUAAAAAAAUAGCAAAAAAAAUCAAGCCAGGGGAUGAAUCCACCCUUCCCCAUUGUCCAUGUUCCCAUAAAACACAUCUCCCAAAACAACCACCAGAAAUCCAUCUUCCCUUCCAUGGAUACUUAGCAAACAAAUUUGAAAAAAAAGAAAAUAUUGAUUAAGAUCGAAUCGAAUCGAAUCUUUUUUGAUUCUUUACUGAAGCUGCCAUGCGCCAUCGGAAGUCAUCGGAGCUAAAAAGGCCCGGAUCCGACAACCUUAAACAACCCGAAACUGACCCCCCACCUCGUUAUCGGGGCGUUCGUAAGCGCCCAUGGGGUCGAUUUGCAGCAGAGAUUCGAGAUCCGAUUAAGAAGACCCGAGUUUGGUUAGGUACUUUUGAUACAGCUGAAGAUGCCGCACGCGCUUACGAUGAUGCUGCACGCGCUCUCCGUGGACCUAAAGCCAAAACUAAUUUCAAUCCUUUGAUGUUAACCACACACGAGGAGGAUGAGGACCCGCCGCACCCCCCGACGGCGACGGGUCAGUUUGAGCUGUUUCCGAGACCGGCUUGUAGCAGUAUGAGUAGUACGUUGGAAUCUUCCAGUGGACCACGUGUUGGAUCCGGGUCGGGUUUGACCCGGAUGAUGAAGAUUCCUCGACCCGUUUAUCCACCGGAAGAUUGCCGGAGUGAUUGUGAUUCGUCUUCUUCUGUGGUUGAUGAUCGUUGCGAGGUUGAUCAUACGUCGUCGUUUUUGAACACCAAACAACCUCUGCCGUUUGAUCUUAAUCUCCCACCACCUCCAUCACUUGAUUUCGAUGCUGAUGAUUUACACGUCACCGCUUUAUGUCUCUAAUUUCUCAUCUUUGUUGUUAAUUAAUUUGAUGAUGAUGAAGAAAAAAUGAAAAAGUUUUUUUUGUUAGUUUUCUUUGUCGAAGUUUCUUACUUUUUUUUUUUUCCAAUUUUUCUUCGGGAAAAAUGAUGUACCCAAAUGAUGGAUGAUGAGACAACAAAAUUGGGUUUUUAGAUUAUGUGUAGAUUAGUUAAUGAGUCAUGAUAUGAUCUGUAUUAAGAAAGAUUGUAUCUGUAUUUGUAUCUUGUACCACAAAAGAAAACAUUGGAUCUGAUCUUGAGUUACUGUUA